GGUUUUAGUAGAGUCCCUACUGACAACCACAUGCCAGGCCAUUCAUCUGACCAAUAGUAUAUCGCCACAUCAUCAUCAGGAAUGGAUUCGUUCCAUCUAGUUUGUCUUCCAUGUCAUCGGCUUUUUGAAACAGAAUCGCAAAAAGCCUGACAAUAGACGAUCUAUUAUCCGAUUUGGUUGAGGUAAGGACAACAUCGUAAUUUCGAAACCCCCUUCUCACUUUGCUUUAAGAUGUCGUAACCGACGUGUUUGGAGAGUGCAGUUAGGUUGGUCGUUGCUUACGAGGUUGUUUUGAAAUUACAAUAAUACCAUUUUAUUUCUCUCUUUUUUGUCUUGGAAAUUGGGGUAUAUUUGGAGUUGAAUUUUCGUUUUGAGAGUUUCUCUUUAGCUACCUUAUUUUUUGUGUUUGUUUGAUGGGAAUAAUUUUCCGGAUAAUACUCGGUCAUGGGAAAGUCAUCUUUUAAGGAUUCACUCAAAGCGCUCGAGGCUGAUAUUCAACACGCCAAUACUUUGGCUUUAGAUUAUCCAAGGGAGAAGGAUGGAGCACGUUUUCAAAUGAGACUGUCCUACAGUCCGGCAGCCCAGUUUUUCCUUUUCCUUGUUCUGUGGACUGAUUGUCAACUUGCUGGUGCCCUUGGUUUGCUCAGAGUACUUAUUUAUAUGACUUAUGCUGAUGGCAAGACCACCAUGUCUGUUUAUGAGAGGAGAGCCAGUAUUAGAGAAUUUUAUGCGAUAAUAUUUCCUUCUUUAUUGCAACUUAAAAGAGGCGUUACCGAUUUGGAAGAUAGGAAACAGAAAGAAGUUUGUACCAUGAGGUACCGUAGGAAGGAUGAAUUUGAAAGGGGGAAGCUCUCUGAAAUUGACUUAGAAAGGGAAGAGGAGUGUGGGAUUUGCAUGGAGAUGAACAACAUGGUUGUAUUGCCUAAUUGCAGCCAUUCUCUGUGUUUGAAGUGUUAUCGGGAUUGGCAUGGCCGGUCUCAGUCAUGCCCCUUUUGUCGGGAUAGUCUCAAAAGGGUAAACUCUAGUGACCUUUGGAUUUACACAGAAAAGAGUGAUAUUGUUGAUUUGUUAUCGAUUCUCAAAGAGAAUUGUAAGAGGCUCUUCAUGUACAUUGAUAAAUUGCCUCUUAUUGUCCCAGAUACUGUAUAUGUUCCCUAUGAUGUUCAUGUUAGAUGAGCACUUACAGGGAAAAAUAACUGCCUGUAUACAACUCGCAUGGCUGUAAAUUCAUGAUACUUACCAUUUUGAAAUGUAAAUGUUUUGCCGGCAAUAGCCCUCUUGAGUAGUUUCAAAAUGUAUCAUUUCUUUCUUAAAAAACAAUAAAACUCAUGAUCAUUGGAAGUUUGAAUAAA